AUGAGACUCAUCUCCCUGCUCGGGCUCCCCUUUGUGGCUGCUCUUGCUACUGCAGCUGUACCCUUCAAGGGCUGCCAGCACAAGGUAAAGGAGAGCAUUCAUGGUCCGCCCCACGGAUGGUCCAGACAUACCCCUGCUCCCAAGCACCAUAUGCUCCAGCUUAAGAUUGCUUUACCUCAGCCCAAGUUCCCGGAGCUCGAGCAACACCUCUGGGAGGUGAGCGACCCCGAUCACCCACGCUAUGGGGCACACCUGUCGAAGGGAGAGACCGAUGCUCUCAUGGCUCCCCAUCCUGAAACUCUGGACAUCGUCAAUGAAUGGCUUGCUUCAUACGGCCUGACAGAAGAAAGUCUCAUUCGUUCAUCUGCAAACGAUUGGGUCACUAUUCGUGUACCAGUCAGCCUUGCCGAAGAAAUGCUGGAUACCAGUUAUCAUGUAUACAAACACGCUGAGACUGGAGAGAGCAUCGUCCGGACCACGAGCUACAGUCUCCCUGAGAUCUUGCAUGAUCACGUUGAUCUUAUCCAGCCUACGACCAUGUUCGCUCGUUUCAAGACGUUCAAGAGCACGCUGCAUUGGUCUAACGAAGCUCAAUCUCAAGUCUCGAGCACGUCCGGUGGAACUAUCACAGGGCCUGCAGGCAAUCAGGUCGAUGCAAGUUGCAACAGCUCGAUUACAAUUUCAUGCUUGAAGCAGCUAUAUAAUUCGGUAGAUUACACCACAUCUGCUACGAAUGGCAACAAGCUUGGCCUCACUGGUUACCUGGGUCAGUAUGCCAAUAACAUGGACCUACAACAAUUCUACCAGCUUGAAAACCCAUCUGCUUACGGUUCAAACUACACUUUCGUUUCCAUUAACGGUGGAUUGAACAAUCAGUCCUAUGAGGCAGCAGGCAUUGAAGCUAACCUUGACACUCAAUUUGGAUUUGGACUCACAUGGCCCACUCCUGGAACAUUCUACUCCACUGCUGGCGAGCCCCCUUUCGACCCUGACAUGUUAACGCCGACUGAUACAAAUGAGCCAUACUCAUACUGGCUCGAUUACGUUCUUUCUCGACCUAUGCUUCCUCAAACGAUCUCUACCAGUUAUGGUGACGAUGAGCAAACUGUCCCGUUCACCUAUGCAAGCCGGGUCUGUGCAGGCAUGGCAGUUCUCGGUGCUCGUGGAGUGUCUAUUUUGUUCUCCUCCGGUGAUUCUGGAGUUGGUGAUGGCGAUCCAGACCCUGCUACACAGAUUUGCUACUCCAACGACGGGCUCAAUGUCACGAAAUUCCUGCCUGCUUUUCCCGCUGCAUGUCCAUAUGUGACGACUGUGGGCGCCACUGUCAAUAUCCCGGAGACUGCUGUAUCCUUCUCUGGUGGUGGUUUUAGUAACUAUUUCGUUCGUCCAGCAUACCAAGAAGUUGCCGUCUCAGAGUACCUAGAAAAACUCGCUCCUGGUACCUACGAGGGUCUUUUCACUCCCUACGGGCGCGCCUAUCCCGAUGUGUCGGCCCAGGGGGUGAACUUCGCUGUUAUCUACCAGGGCAAGGAGGUACCUGUUGACGGCACAUCCUGUUCCUCACCCACAUUCGCUUCGUUCAUUUCAAUGCUUAAUGACGCACGCCUUAACGCCAGCAAAUCCCCUCUUGGCUUCCUUAACCCUUUCUUGUACUCCACUGGGUAUACUGCACUAAAUGAUAUUACCAUGGGACACAAUCCGGGAUGUGGAACUCAGGGCUUCAAUGCUACAACUGGAUGGGAUCCUGUUUCAGGUCUUGGGACACCCAAUUUCGAGAAAUUGUUGGGACUAGUCUUGAGCAUGUCCUAA